GAAUUUCACCGUUUUUAACCCUUUUUUUCCCAGGGUUGAGCCAAUCCAUCAGCCUGGAGCUCCCCGAGGUCCAACGUCUCUCCCUCCUUCUCCUCGCCAGCUUCCAGUUUUCUGCCCGGAAGUUGCAGCAGGUCCUGGAGGAAUCCGAGGGCUUCGACCCCGAGGCUUUCGCUGCCAAAGUCCAGAAGGGCUCUGAGGAAUUCCAGAGGCUCCUCCAGAGGCUGAUCCAGGAUGGGACCCUCGGGAAUUGCCUGGAACCGACCCCGGGGGAUUCCCUGGAUCCGGCCCUGGAGGAAUCCGUGGCUCAGGUGAAGCAGCUGAUGGCCAGCCUCUCCGGGGAGCUCCAGGCCUGGGAUCGGCUCCUGCAGCAGCACCUGCAGCACUCCCAGGAGGCCUCCAGGAAUCUGGAGCAGCUCCGUGCCGGGAAUCCUCCCUGGGCUCCUCCCGCAAUUCCCAAAAAUUCCCAAAUUUUGGCGUCCAAACCCGACUACGGCGCCAUCCUGGCCCAGCAGGGCCCGGCCCUGCCGGCCCUGCAGCUCCUGGUGGAUGAUGCCCAGCAGGCCGGGAAAAUGGUGCUGGAAUUCCACGAGGAGAGCAGGAGCUUCCUCAGGGGCCUCUCGGAGCAGCUGGCUUCCCGAGCGUUCCGGAGGCUGCAGGGAUCCCCCGCGCGGAAGCUGCUGCAGAGGAGGCCCCAGAAGGUUCUGCCCGAGAAGGGGGAAUAAUAAAAACAGAGGAAAUUCCCAAAAUCCCGAGGUUUUCCCUCAAAAUAUUCCCGGCUUUUUUCCGUUUUGGGAACGGUGCUUCCGGGUUGGGUGGGGCGCGGCGGUGAUUGGUUGGUGUUGGUGUCAAUCAGAGUGAUCAGCCAAUCACAGGGCGGAGGGGGUGAGGCCAGAUGGCGCUGAGCUUUGUUUUCCGGGUUUGGGCGACGCUUUGCUCUGAUUGGUCCGCGUCGCCGUCAAUCAAAGUGAAAAAGCCAAUUGA